UAUUGUAAAAAAAAUUUGAGCGAAAUAGAAAGACAUGACCCAAAAACGUUGGUUGAGUUGACAUGGAAUGACCCGAGUAGGUAUAACUGAAGAACGUGGAUAGAGAGCGAAUUUUUGAGUCUACUUCUUCAUGGUUUAGGUUUAGAUGUAGGGUAACUGCAUUUGCGUCAUAAUAUUGAAUUCGUUUUACGUAACAUGGAUAGAAAAUUACCCAUCUUAACCAACAUGAAAAUGACAUCAUAAAAAUAACAACAUCGAAGUGAAACUUGUCCAAGCGUUUAGAUUGGAUACGAAUCCGAAUUCAAAUCCAGAAAUACGAGUAUCUAUAGUUGAUUAGUGCAAACUCAACAGCCAAAAAUCCAACUGAUAGGUAUAACUUCUUUUAAUGGAGGAUUCCCAAAAUAAAUAUCAAUGACUAGGUAACCUAAAAAAUUAUUAUAAAUCCAAUUUUGAAGUACCUACAAAUAAUUUUUCGAAUGCAAAAUUUCGUUUACCUAUUUUAAAAUUUAAACAAAGAACCAUCAUUUACCAUGCACAAAAUAAUAGGUAGGUACCUAUACGUUUUAAGACAAAAAUUACAAAAUAAAAAUACGAAUUUAUAAUGUGACCAAAUUUGAAAUUUCGAUUUGGAAAAAUAUUAAAAUAUCGACUUCCUAACAAAAAAUAAAAAAUCCGUAACAUAUUGACUACGAAUCCUUGCAGUACCUACGAGACAUUUUUGUAUUAAAAAUAUAUGGAGGAAAAUUUCUACAUACAACGCUGGGCGUACCAAACAUUGCAUCAUGGUAGCGCAAAUAUGCAUACAAAUCAACGCCCAUGCACUCGACACUCGUAUACCUGGAAAGUUGGUACCUUUUCUUAACGCAUCAAUGCUUUUGUUCAAAAGCUAAUUCGGGCAGUGCAGUACGACCGCCAUUUUGUCGCUGCAUCGCUCGGACUAUCAGGCAGGCGCGGGGUGAGAACCGGUUUGUAAAAGGAGCAAAGGAUACAGGAUACAUACGCAAUGGUAGAUCUUCAAGCAAGUCUUCAUUUCUGUUCUUACUUUGCUAGCGUAACUUACGUAAAUGUUGACUACCUAACUUAGCUUUUGCAACUAGAUUUUUUUUACCAACUUUGUUUUUGUGUAUGCGUGAAAUAUUUUUCGCGUACCUUUGUAUUUUAUUUCCACUGCUGAUAUUUUAUUAUCAACGAUUCUGAAAUGGAGGAAAGUUAUCAGAUGCCAUGUGAUUCUAGUCUUCGGUUGGAGGAAAGUUAUCAAAUUCCCUGCGAUUUGUGUCUUCGGUUAUUGAUAACUGAUAACCCAAUUAUUAACCUGCCUUCUGCGCCUACGCCGGAAGAAGUCUCUAAUCUUCGAUACCGAUUUCUGAUAUCGCAGAAUACGUGUAGUCUCCUGAAUAAUCAACUUCGAUUAACGGAAAAUAAACUGGCUGCUGCAGAAGAACAAAUCUGCCAGAUCAAAAGCCAACUACGUUUCUUUGACAGCAGAUAUGCUACGUUGAUGAACACCCAAAGCGAGAUAAAAAUUGACCACAUUGACCAACGACGUCAGCAAUCGAUUCCAGUGAAUGCUAUUCAUCAUGUUGCUCCAUUCCAAUCUUCAUCGUGGGGAACACCUUUAUUAACCAGAGGUUCGGAAAGGUUAUCUACUCAAGCCGCGGCCUCAUCAGCUACAAACAGCGUUAUUGCGUCAAAAAGCACUACUACUCGAAUGGAUCACAGCCCGAAGGUCCCAGCCGCUGCGGACGAUGCCAUCAACCCACAUGAAAUUCCCAAGCAGCCAGAAAAUCCAGCCACUAAAUCCAGCUCCAGCAAGCCACCUCUUUACACGCCAGACCGCAUACCACCAUGGGUACUUAAAGCCAACGCCAACAAGCCUAAAACGGACUUUUGUGAUCGUACUCAUCGACAGUUUCAACAGCAAACGCAAGAAGAUAAGGAAAAUCGCCCACCCGCUCCGAAACGUAAAAGAGAACCCGGCUCCGAGCAAAGAAACCCCAGAAAGCGCGUGCGUUUUAAUCUACGAGUAAGCUUCAGGGGCAUCUGAGGAGAUUUGCCAUUUUUUUUACCACGAUUUCUAUCGAAAUUAUAAGUCAAUUAGGUAUUUUAAGAUUAUUUUAUUUUUGUAAGCUUUUGUAUGUAAAAAACUGUAAAUAAAAGUACCUAGGUACAUUUUGCUGGAUCAAA